AUACACAAGUAUUUUUUAUUUAAAAAAAAAGUGGCAUCCUUUGAAAUAACAUCUGAAACUACGAAGACUAAGAGCAAAACAUAAUCGAAUUGUAAACAUAAAUCGGCAAGCCAAUGUGAAAAAUAUUAUAACUAGUUUUUAUAUUUAAAAAUGUCUGAUUUGUUGCAACUAUUUAAGCAAUUAAAUAAGUUCUUACAACCAAAUUCGACAUGGGAGGAAAUAGCAGAAAUUGUUGACACUCAAAAUACUAAUGAAAAAAACAAAACCAUUGAAUGUGGAGCAGAGUGUGCUAUAAUAUCAAUUCCAUUGGUGAAACAUACACUAGAAAAUCCACAAAUAAACUCAUUACUGUUAGAAAUAUGUAGCGCAUUUCGCAUACUCCGUCAAGAGUCAUUUAAAAGUUAUAGUAAUGCGUACGACACAUGGGACGAAGUAAUUAAAGACUGUCCGCGGGAACCCUAUUUGGCAUUUGUUUACGCAUUAGCAAGCUUAGCUAAUGUAGAACCUAAUUUAAUAUAUUACAAAUUAUCUUUACUCGUGGUAAAUACUUAUUUUUAUUCGCUAACAAUACCAGGAUCACAUGGUUAUCACAUAUUUGAUGCAGAGGUCAUCGCACACUGUUUACAAGUGUUUGAUUUAGUUGAACGUGUACAAACACUUGGAAUUAAGUUUCAAGGUGCCACAGAAAUAUUAAUUAAUUUUGCAACUUUGUUAGAUGAUUUGAAAAUAAUAUUGCGUUGGGUACAUGUUAAUGAACAUGCAACAACUAGAAACGGCAUUAUGAGAAAAUUAUUGGAUAUACAGUACUAUCAUUUUAAUAAUGGGUAUUCAAAUGCAUGUGCUGCUAAUAUACACACAAAAUGUUUUGAUAUAUAUGAUGAACUUAUUAAAGAGUAUAACGGUCCACCAGAGGAAACUUUGAUGAAACUAUUGAACAUGUCAGUUAAUUUGCAUACAUAUGCUUCCAAACCUAAAGGUUCACUUUCUAUCAAUGGAACAAAUUGUGAACACAUAUCUACAUGGUUUACUAAAUGGAUAACAAACCUUCCGCGCGUAUUGAGUCAUGUUCUAAAUUUUUAUAUUAAAUGUAUAAUUACAAAUCCAAUUAAAACGUGGCAAAAUGAACAAAUACAACGUGCUUUAGACUAUGCAGCCAAAUAUGAUUCGGAACUCUACAUAAAUUGCAAUGAAUCUUGCAUUGAUUUUCUUUGCGAAGCAAUCUAUUCUGAUGAAGUGUUAAUACGCUCACGUACAAUUGAUAUGAUAUCACGCAUGCUUCAAAUAGAAUCGAAAGUUAAUUGGUCUAUAUUUCGUAAUGACGUUUUUAAUGAACCAAGAGAAAUUUAUCUUAUUAAAGAACUGAUUGACAGCCUUCAAGAUGUUAAUAAUAAUAUAAAAUCAAAAGCAAUGCAAGCGCUGCAAUCUAUAUUAAAUAAAGGGUCCAAGACCGCACAAACAGUAUUUAUUGAGUGUUUAAAAUAUACACAAUAUUAUGACACUGAUGUCAAAUUACCAGAUGAGCCCCGUUUAUUGCACAAUGAAGUACGUUACCAGAAACCUUCACCUGAAACACCAAACUACACUUUUGAAGGCUUCGGCACGCUUGAAUUGUCCUUUUUAAAUUUACCCAAACUUAUUUAUACACACAUUUUACAUAACAAACUGACAUAUGUAAGGCGUGCUGGAGUUUCAUUUUUAGAACAAAUUGUAAAAAUUAACCCGUUAAUAAUUUACAAUACUAAUUUCGUAUCAGAAAUGACAGAAAUGUGUGACGAGCCUAACAUAUUAGUACGUAGGCAAUGUUUGCUAUCAAUAGAUAAUAUUCUUGAAAAGUAUCCUAACUGUUAUGCUAUUAUUUGGGUAUGGUGCAAAAUAAUAUCUCCAAUGUUUUGUGACAAUGAUCCUAAAAACUUGGAUAUUGCAAUGAAGUGCUUUCAAAACAAAGUUUUGCUAAAUAUGGAAGUUAUCAAUAAGUCCAACAAAGCAGAACACUUCAUGCCAUGGCUUAUUAUAAGAACUUUUUUAAUAACACAAUCUCGUCUAUACUUGCAAACCUGCUUUAAGGCAGCACUGCAAAAACAAAUGAUAAAUACAAAAAUACUAAGUAUUAUAGAAUCUCACUUAAUGAUUGCCAAUUCAACUCAAAUAGAGGCUUGGGUUGUGCUUAAUUUUAUAUCAGGAAAAAUUAAAAAUAAGGAACCUGAUAAUUUACUUCAUUGUUUUACAGCAGCUGAGCCUUGGGAUAAGGAACAAACUCAACUUAUUGCUUUUGAAGUGCUUGCUAAUUGUGUUCAAGAUUUCACAAAACCCACAUUAAACUAUUGGUCUCAACACUUGCAAUCAGAAAUCCUAAAUGGUCAGGUGCAUCAUAUUAUUGUUAGUAAGGCUUUAAAUUUUUUAAUGGCCAUCGAUAAGCAUGUUCAAGCUAGUUCUAAAGACUCAGUGGCGAGAUCAAAUCAAAUUGCGAAUUGGAUUUUUGAUUUACAUAAUAAGCUUGAAGAAAGAAUUACUUCAGGUAUAAAAGAAUUUCCAGAUAAUCGCGCUAUUUUAUUGUCACAACUUUAUUCCUAUUCGGAAGUUAAUGUGCUUUCGUCCAAACGUCCACCAUCGAUUUUAAUUAAUUUUAUGCAUAAAUUUAUUCGAGAAUGUCUAAAACUACCGGAAGCUGAAUUCGGAUCCGAAAAUGAACGAGUAUUUAACUCAAUGAUUAUAAUCACAGCGCGAUUUUCUCUUGGCGAUCCUAUUUUAGCUGCAAAUACAUGCAAAUUGUAUGCUCAAAUAUUGAUAAAAAUUGACCGUCCUUCAAUUGUAAACACAAUUAUAGUGUCGAUAACUGAUUUGUGUAAAAAACAUACACAAACCGUAGAAUGCAUUCUGCCACACUUACUUCAGAAACUAUCUUCAGUAUUUUUAGUUAAUCGUAAAGAAACAUUCAAGUGUUUGGAAAUAUUAAUUUUGCAAGAUCAGUUGAAGUUGCGUGGUACAUUACUUUUAGCUUUGCUGUCUGUGAUAUUGGAUAACGAUAAGGAUUUAGCUGCUUACGCGUGCAACUUUUUCAAAGAUUAUACAGAAACAAAGAAUCCAAUGUUGUUUCAAAAAUGCCUUGUUGAAUGUCCGUUCGUGUUAAAUGAGUAUAAGAAUUUUGAAGGUCUUGAUAGUUUUACCAAAUGCUGUUCCAAAUCACCUCUUAAGGGUGAGUUCAAUAGGAAGCGAAGACACAGUCUUUAUAAGUAUUUUAUGGAAGGCAUGCAGGAACCAUAUUUAAUAUCACAUUUCACCAAUUUGAACUUAAUAGCAGAUAAAUGUCAAAAGGAUCCUUUAAUGAGGACGGAAAAUGGUCUUGCAUUAGUUAAGGAUGUACUUUACAUAAUGAAACAUAUUUGUCGCUUAGCAAAAGAACAUAAAAAAAGCAAUGAUAAUAAAGGAGAAAAAGAGGUUCAGGAUGAUGAAUGUCCGGAGGAAUUAGAAAUGCAACCAGGUACAUCAUCAACUCCAAAUGCAAAAGUUGAGCGUGGACGCAAACGUCAUAAAGUUAUUACAAUGGUCGACGCUAUAAAUAUUCUUGAAAAAUGUUUAGUAUUUAUACCAACUAUCUAUAACUGCAUUUAUAAGGCUGAUGCUGGCUUGCAACAGUAUUUUGAUGAAUUGUGCAUUCUUUUAGCGAAACGUUUUCCAAAUUUAAUAAAUUACGCGCAACCAGCAGCAUUUUGGAAUAAAUAUCGUAAAAUACCAGAAAAAAAGAAAUCCAAGAGAAGUUUAAAAAAACGAAAAUCGGGCAAACCUCAAAAUAUAGUAGAAAGUGAUGAUGAGGAAGAAGAUAUUGCAAUUGAUGAUGCUGAUGGACCAGAACAAAUUGAGAAUAUGAGUGAAAAGCAACUGGAAAAUGAAUCCUGUACUGGUAUGGACAACGAAGAUUUUUGCUCUGAUGAUGAAGUACCAUUAUCAAAUAAUAUAAGCACAAAUUCUUACAACCUUCCACUUGAGUAUUUAUUUAAUCCCAGUAUUUAGUUUAUUAAUAAAAAUAUUU